AAACCCCGAAGAAGAAGAACCGGAAGUAGUUUCCGUGUCAGAGGUUGAGCACAUUGCUUCUCGGCGGUUCAACCUGUUUCUUUACAGUACCGGGAAUGAAUGAAGCUUUACUCCAAUAACAUACCUAACACACACUUUAAACACGCGGUACCACAGAGGGAAAACAGUGACUACUCCGUUAUUCUGCGUACAGUGUAAUACAAGAAGUUCAUCUUAUUAGAGUUCAUAGACCAGGACAGAGAUGGCUGGAAUUCUGUUUGAGGAUAUCUUUGACGUAAAGGACAUCGAUCCCGAUGGCAAGAAGUUUGACAGAGUAUCUCGUCUACAUUGUGAAAGUGAAUCUUUUAAGAUGGACCUCAUUUUGGAUGUGAACAUUCAGAUCUAUCCUGUUGAUCUAGGUGACAAAUUCAGACUGGUUAUUGCCAGCACGUUAUAUGAAGACGGAACGCCAGAUGACGGAGAGUACAAUCCUCAGGAUGACCGGCCAUCUAGAGCGGACCAGUUUGAUUAUGUGAUGUAUGGGAAAGUUUACAAGAUUGAGGGCGAUGAGACUUCAACAGAAGCAGCCACACGCCUCUCUGCCUACGUGUCUUACGGCGGCCUCCUCAUGAGGCUGCAAGGAGAUGCCAACAACCUUCACGGCUUCGAGGUGGACGCCAGGGUUUACCUCCUCAUGAAGAAACUGGCCUUCUAAAACUCUGCUCGCCCUCAUACCCUGGUUUUUCCACUGCCACAGCCAACUUUAAAGUCAUGAUGAACUGCAUACUGAAAACAUUCUCAAGUCUGGAGCCGAGACCAUCAUCCAACAGACAGAACACUUGGACGCUGAAAAAAAAUCAUAUUUAGUUUUUUACUUUUGUAGUUUCAAAAUGUUUCCUCCAAGGAGAUGGACUACACAUUAAAGACUGUGACACUUGAGAACUGCUGCAACCUCCAUCUGCUGGCAAACUGUAAAUAAAGAUUUCUUUUAUACAAAACGA